AUGUUUCUGAAAAAACUCCUGUCAAUCAAUGCAAAGACAGAAACACUGGCACACAAAACAAGCACAUACUCAAUGUACAACGUAGUAUUUGAAAACAAAAAUGCCACAAAGAUCGUAUUCUUUCAGCCUUUGGAGCAAUGCCUAUUCCUGAAGAAAGUUAAACAUGAUGUAAUCAUCAACAUAUACAAGUUGAACCUCGACAAGAAAUAUAUUGUCACAAAGCGCCUUCUUCCAUUUGACUUUAUAUUCAAAAGAGAAACACUAGAAUUUAACAAGUACAUCUUCUUCAAGAUCGCAGAAGCAUUGGAUUUUAUUCAUUCCAGGUGUGGCGUGAUUCACAGAAACAUUCAGAAAGAAAGCCUCUUCUUCACUGAAGAGGGUGGGAUUGUUCUUGGAGGAUUCGAAAGAAGUAAAGAAAGCAACGAGUUUGGAGAAGACUCCAUUAUGUUCAGCAGUCUUAUAAGUAAGCUGCUUGGAAUAAAUGCAUCAUUUGCAGAUUUCAUCAUUAAUAAGGGAUUUGGCUCUGAUAUGUUUUUUGACAUGGAAGUUGCGUUCUUUGGCUAUCGAGCAUACACCACUAAUCAGAAGAUGCAGUUCAUGGAGAAUGUAAGAAAAAACAAAGCGAUGUUUGUUGGUAUAUACAAGCAUAGAAUAGCAUGGAUGGUUCUUGGGGACAUCAACGAAAAGUGCUCAAAAGAGCUUAAGCUGCAUGUUGUGGAUUUUAUACUGAAUAUGGAUAUGUGUGAUAUUGAUAAGCUCUUAAUUCCACUCUUUCAGAUGCUUGAUACAAAUGUCAGGUUCUCUCUACUAAGGAACUCUGGAAAAUAUAUUACAGAAAUAUCAACGCUCGAUCCGAUUGCAAGUAGUUUAUCUCUUGGGAUAAAGUGCAAGGACAAGCUGCUUAGGGAGGAGACAAUUGUGUUUAUCAGAGACAAUAUCCAACUGCUGUCUCAAAAACAACAGAUGGAGAUUCUUGGCGUAAUGCAUGAUUAUGUAUCAGAUGAGCGAGGAAUGAUGCAUGUUAUUGCAUUUCUACAAUCUUCAAAACAUGUAUUCAAAAAAACAGAUGCAAUAUAUAAGAUCUUGUGCAAGUAUUUGGUUCAGUCGAAGUACAAGAAUGUGGUGAUAUCUGCAAUAGAAAACUUCUAUGAGAGUUUUGACAACUUCAGAAUGACUACGGAGUUGCUGCCACUUCUAUGUGGGCAUCUUUCUGAUAGACAAGUACAGACAGAUGUCUUUUUAUUGAUAGAAAAGAUACUUCGACAUCUUAAGGAGCAUAAGAGUGAAAUAAUCAGCCAUGAGUGGAAGAUCGCAAAUAUAACCAAUAUGUUCAAGCAAAAGACUAUUGACGAAAAACUCUUGGCCGCAAGCUUAAGCCAGACAGUUCUAAAUGGCCCUAGCUCAUUAAAUAAUGAUUCUAACGAUGCAGCCAUCAAUAUAAUAGACAAAGAAGCUCCGCUAUCAGAUUGGGAUGAUCCUUGGUGA